AUGGCGGUUGGUGCGUCAAGAAAUAUCACAGGCCAUCAUAGACGCCGGAGCUCUGUUCUGACGGCAGUGGGUUCGUCUCAGCUUCACCCAGUUUCGACAGACACCUACACAGACCGGGAAGGUCGUCUGAGUCCUAAAGAAGACGGACCCAAUGGCGAGGAGCAGCAAUCCCUGAUUCAUGAUCAUACUGAUUCAUCAGAUCUAUCCUCUAUUGCAGAAUCAGAUGAAGAUGACUCCGACGACGGAAUUCACGAUGACGAAGAAACCGGAUUAACGGCAAAGCAGAGAAAUGAACGGCGGCGACGGCGCAAGCGACAACGACGACGAUUAGAUGCGAAGAUUGCGGGCGUCAAGGGCAAAACGAGCAAUGUGGUUGCGGAUAAAAAUGUAGCGACGGCACUUGCGGUCAAUGCAGGUCUAAUAGGUUUAUGGUAUUUGUUUUCAUUGUCAAUUUCUAUAUAUAAUAAGUGGAUGUUUUCAGAAGAUGAUGUCGUCUUUCCUUUCCCGCUUUUCACGACCAGUUUACAUAUGCUCGUCCAACUCCUGCUCGCCGCCCUCAUACUCUACUUCGUGCCCUCGCUUCGUCCUAAACGACAGCCUAACUCCAUCGAACCAAUUAUGACAAAAUCCUUUUAUCUCACCCGCUUAGUCCCUUGUGGCACUGCUACCUCCUUGGAUAUUGGACUGGGCAACAUGUCCUUGAAAUAUAUAUCUCUUACAUUUCUCACCAUGUGCAAGUCGUCGGCACUUGCUUUCGUGCUCCUUUUUGCAUUUGUCUUCCGAUUGGAAACGCCGUCAGUCAAACUCAUUUUUGUUAUCGCUGCCAUGACCCUUGGAGUCGUUAUGAUGGUCGCCGGAGAGACGGCUUUUGAUGCUCGGGGCUUUGCUUUGGUCAUUGCUUCUGCCUUCUUCUCGGGUUUCAGAUGGGGUCUUACACAGAUUCUUCUGCUUCGGCAUCCGGCGACUUCAAAUCCAUUCUCGACGAUGCUCUUUCUUACACCAGUGAUGUUCAUCGCAUUGAUUGCGAUUGCGCUGGGCAUUGAGGGACCAAACGAGAUUAUUGCAGGCAUCAAAGCAUUAGCAGAAGCACGUGGGCAGUUCUAUGGGAUUGUGUUACUGAUAUUUCCCGGAAUUCUGGCAUUCUGCAUGAUCGCCUCGGAGUUUGCCCUACUCAAACGUUCCUCUGUGGUGACUUUGAGUAUAUGCGGAAUAUUCAAGGAAGUCGUGACUAUCAGUGCUGCGGGCGUCAUCUUCCACGAUAAGUUGACGCCAGUAAAUGUAUCUGGUCUAUUCGUCACCAUUGCCAGUAUAGCAGCAUACAACUACAUGAAAAUCAGCAAAAUGAGGCGUGAUGCACGACAAGAACUAGAGAAAAAAACGGAGGUCGAGGAGUACAGCGUCUCUCCCGACUUGGGAGACUCGAAUGACGAACAUAUUGCAAUGAGCCAAGCACCAAACCAUGAAAUCAUCAACAAUCCCCACACCGCUAGCAAUUGGGAUACCUAUGAAGCAGAUAUCGACGACCAAACUGCCUCUAGCAGCGGCGAAGGCGACGAAAAUGUAAACAUUACACCACGAAAUGACGUCCGACGUGGCCGUUUUUCAUUUCCCGUACACGUCAGCGGAACAUAUACAGCACCUGGAGGAGUCGGACAGCUAGCCCAACAACAACCGCAAUCUGUCCCUCAUUCACCCAUGAACAUAUCUGAUCCUGCAUAA